AUGAUUUUCCCAGAACGAAGCACACAAACAGAUCGAUCUUCUCGUGUAACUCGUCAUUUUAACAGCUUAAAAACGGCAGAUGUUCUCAAGUUUUUGUCUUCGUUAUUAUUACCACUAGCACUUGGUAUUUUCACUGUUGUCAUUACUUUUCAACAGCAACAAGCAGCUAAACAACAACGUGAUGAGGAUCGAAUGGCAUCUGACAAGCAGCGUGAUCAAGAGAGAAAUCUCAGUGAUGAAAAAUAUAAAAACGAACGUCUCGAUACUUACGUCAAGGAAAUGGGUCUAUUGUUGGAGAAGAAUAAAGGAUCAUUGGUCUCUAAAGACUUCCUAGCUACGCUAGCUCGAGUAAAAACUCUAAAUAUCUUUCGUCAACUAGAUUCACAACGUAAUACUCGGAUUAUUCAAUUUCUUCAUGAAGCCAAGCAACUUCAUGAAACAGAGGAACGCCGAUCACUAGAUCUCUCAGCAGCAAAGCUUCGUGACAUUGAUUUCCGCUCAACUGAUUUCCGUUUUACCAAAGCAUCCUACACGGAUUUUCGACAAAUCACAGCUGUUUUAAUUGAAUUCUCUUCUGCAACACUAACGCACUCGAUCUUUAUGGGUGCUAACAUUAAGUAUACUAAAUUCAAUGUAGCUAACUUGAAUAAUGUGACCUUUUCUCGAGCCAACUUAUACAAAGUUGACUUUAGUGGCAGUAAUGUUGCAGACGAACAACUUCAAAGUGCUUUCUCUAUUCAUGACAGUAUACUAUCCAAUAAAACACAUUCUCGCGAUAUGAACUUAAUCACUAAUGGCAAUGCUAACUGCAAUACUUCUCUUGUUGAUCCUUGGGUAUUACAAACUGGCAAUAUCAAUACAGUCUUGUUUAAUAAAACUGAUACUGACUGCCGAUUUGCGUUACAAUCAUUGACUACUGGAGUUACUAUGUUACAACGCGUUGAUCUAUCAAACAAGUGGGAUUUUCGAUCUUGGCCACACUCCGAAGCCGUCUUAACUGCAAGUAUGAGCACCGGUGUCUGUAUUCAACUGAAAGGAAAUAGGCGGAUCAAAUAUGUUUGUGCUCCGGGAAAACCAAAUUCAUCCGAAGCGAACAUCAAUCUGACUUUAAAUGAUGAUAUGCGAGAACUUGAAGUACUCAUCAAAUUUAAUGCACUCGUCAACAGCAUGCCCAUGCGUGCCAGUGGAGUAGAUAUUCAUUCCAAUGCUAGAUGGAACGAACACGGCCAGAUAGUGGCUGGACAGAAUUUCACUCUCGUUUAUCCCUACAGUGUAUUCGUGGCUGAGGAUCAGACAAUCUACGUUGGAGAUUAUGAAAAUCACACUAUUGUGGCGUGGUACGACGGCGAAACACAGGCACAAAUUGUGGCAGGUGGACAUGGAAGCGGAGACGGUGCACAUCAACUGAAUCAGCCACUAGAUGUAAUCGUGGACAAGGAGCGUGAUAGUCUCCUCAUUUGCGAUCGUGGUAAUAAAAGAGUGGUUCGUUGGCCUCGCCGAAAUGGCAUCCAUGGAGAAAUCGUGCUCUCCAACAUCGGUUGCUGGGGUUUAACCAUGGACGACGCAGGAUCACUGUAUGUCGCUGAUUACGAAAAAAAUGAAGUGAUACGAUAUCGACGAGAUAAUGUACAAGGAACAGUUGUGGCCGGUGGGAAUGGAAAUGGGAAUCGGCUCAGUCAACUUGAUUCUCCUUCGUAUCUCUUCGUCAAUCGAGAACAUUCGGUGUUUAUCUCUGAUACUAACAAUCGCCGAGUGAUGAAGUGGGUACCAGGGGCAAAAGAAGGGAUGAUAGUAGUAGCGGGUCGAGGACAAGGAGGUGUUCUAUCGCAAAUACUCAAUCCUGCAGGAGUGUUGGUCGAUCAAUCAGGUACUGUUUAUGUAGCUGAUUUCGAGAAUCAUCAUAUUCUUCGCUGCUCCCAAAGAACACAACAAGGAAUGUUAGUGGCAUGUAGGGAUGAUCAAGUAGUACAAGGAAAUCAACUGAAUGGGCCCAUGGGAUUGUCAUUUGAUCGCCAUGGUCAUCUCUAUGUGGUCGACAACAAGAACAAACGAGUGCAAAAAUUCACUCUGGAAAUGUCUUCGAAGUAA